AUGGAUUUUGGUGCAUUGGAAACAGUGGUAGCCAAUUCAGCGUAUAUAACAGCUCGUGGUAGCUUUGAUGGAGGCUUCAACCCUCAAAUUACAAGAAAUAAGAAGUUUCGUGCCAAGCUUAAACUGCCUCCACUAUCAGAUUGUGAGCAUCUAAAGGAUCAGCUUGAUCUGGAAUUUGACAAUAUUUGUGUCAAGCAACCCAUUGGAAAGAAGUUGUUUCAGGAGUUUCUGGGAACUGUGGAGCAAUUCGUCCCUGCUCUAGAAAUUUGGGGUGAUAUUGAGGAUUACGAUGUUGCCGAGGAUGAGGACAGGUUGCAAAAAGCUGUUGGCAUCAUCAACAAAUAUCUUGAAACACAUUCAAAAUAUUUUUGUAUCUAUUUAGAUGAGAAAAUAAUUGCACCAGUAGUUGAGGAGUGCAACAAGGUCCCGGAUGGGCUUUUUAAAGAGCUACUUCAAUCUACUUUGGAUUAUUUAAAGGAAAAUGCAUUUUCACAGUACAAGGAGGGAAAAAUCUUUUCCAGAUUUCUUCAAUGGAAAUGGCUAGAAGCUCAGCCCGUUGGAGAGGACUGGUUCAUGGACUUUAGAAUUCUUGGCAAAGGUGGAUUUGGGGAGGUUUCAGCUUCUCAAAUGAGGGCAACAGGGAAAAUGUAUGCUUGCAAGAAACUCAACAAGAAACGCUUGAAGAAAAGAAAGGGAUUUGAUGGUGCCAUGGUGGAAAAAAGGAUUCUUGCUAAAGUUCACAGUAGAUUUAUUGUCUCUCUGGCAUAUGCAUACCAAACAAAAAAUGAAGUCUGCUUAAUUAUGACCAUAAUGAAUGGAGGUGACCUACGGUUCCACAUUUACAAUGUUGAUGAGGAAAAUCCAGGUCUUGAUGAACCUCGAGCCUGUUUUUACACUGCUCAGAUCAUAUGUGGCAUGGAACACUUACAUCAAAACAGGAUCAUCUAUCGGGAUCUGAAACCAGAAAAUGUAUUAUUAGAUAAUGAUGGAAAUGUCCGUAUUUCUGACCUUGGGCUUGCUGUGGAACUGAAGGAAAAGAAAAACAAAACCAAGGGCUAUGCUGGAACUCCAGGAUUUAUGGCUCCAGAAUUGCUGAAUGGAGAAGAAUAUGAUUACUCAGUGGAUUACUUUUCCUUGGGUGUAACUCUGUAUGAGAUGAUUGCUGCACGCGGGCCAUUUCGGUGCCGAGGAGAAAAGGUCGAACCCAAGGAGUUAAAGAGCAGAAUCAUAAACGAUGCAGUAACAUACACAGAGAAGUUUAGUGAUGAGUGUAAAUCAUUCUGUGAAGCCUUACUGGAGAAAGAUGCAAAGAAAAGGCUCGGGUUUAGAAAUGGAAAUUGUAAUGAUCUGCGUGUAGUUCCUUUCUUCAGAGAAAUAAACUGGAGGAAGCUUGAAGCUGGUAUUCUUCUACCACCUUUCACCCCUGACUCAAGAACUGUCUACGCAAAGGAUAUUCAGGAUGUUGGGGCAUUUUCAACAGUUAAAGGGGUCAACAUUGAAGAAAAUGACAAGCAGUUAUUUGACGAGUUUGCUUCAGGCAAUAUCCCUUUACCAUGGCAGGAGGAAAUGAUUGAGACUGGCAUUUAUGAUGAACUAAAUGCAGAAUUAAAUGAUGUCAGAAGAUAUUCCACAGCUAAUGACAACUCGGCUAAGUCUGGAGUAUGCCAAAUUGCAUAG